AUGGGAGGCAACAAGGGAGGACCCAAAGGCAAGGCAGGACAGUCCGACGGCGACCAUGCUGGACAGGACUGGAUCAUGAAGCUCCCCGACGAGCUCCUCCUCUCCAUCGCACGUUUUUACAACCCGCCUAUACCAUUCCAACUUGGCCACUUUACCCUCUCGUCGCGCUACAUCCAAGACGGACGAACCGAACUCCGCGCGCUCGUCGCGACCUGCAAGCGGUUCGCCAAAGUCCUCCGCCCUGUCCUGUACCGAACAAUGGUGUUCAUCGAUGACAAGCGGCGGACAAAGACGGUCAACUUCUACCAUGCCAAGGAGACGCAUGACCUCGUCAAGGAGAUGUACUGGCAACCCUCCUACCUCUACAACGACAUGUCGCCCCUCUUCCUCCCGCUCGCGAAGAACCUGACCUACCUCGUCCUCGCCUUCCUGCCUCAAGACGUCCCCGACGACUUCAUCGCCGACGACUACGCCGGGCUGACGACGCUCACCAAGUCCUUCACCGACGCUUUGCGGCAGUUGAAGAAUUUGAGCGCGCUCGAGAUCCCGUUCUGGGAGUCGAGGCAGGACAAGUCGUUCCACUUUGGAGAGGAGAUCUUGCCGGCCCUUGACUCCCUCAGUAUCGGUGACUGGCAGGAGUGGGAUGCGUUCGAGCACUCGCACAAAAUCACGACCGUCAAAUGGCUCAUCCACCCCGACAUCGACAUGGAAGAAGGUCUCCUCGAAGGCUUCAAUGAGAACCUCGCCGCCAACGCCAAGUACUUCCAGUUCAGCGCUCACUCGGGUUGGGGGCGGACGGAUCUGCCUGAGAAGCUGCCCGACACGGUGGCGCAUGCGUCGUGGUACAAGGACAUCAAGAACCACCCGCUCGAGAGUCUCACUCUUCACGGCUUCAACCCCAUCACCAGCUACAAGGAAGAGUGGGCCAAGACGCUCCCUAGCUUCCUCAGCCUCCUCCAGAUGUCAAACCUCCACCACAUCGCCUUCAUCGACGUCCCCUCUCUCCGGAACAGCGACCGCGUCCCGCUCAACUGGGACGACCUCGAGCCGCUGCAGAAGAUCGAUACGGUACAGAUCUCGCUUGCGACGGAGGAGGACGUGGGCAAACAUGGAGGAGAUCCGGAACAGCAUGACGAGGACGGUGGCGACGAGGCGGAGGGCAAGCAGCACGACGAGAUGAGCCAGCGGAUCGCGCCGGACGAUCUGCAAGCCCUGCUCCGCUGCUUCCCCAACAUCAAGCACCUGACGCUCGCCAACUUCCACCGGUGCAAGAAGCCUGAAGAAGUCGAACAGAACCGCAAGGAGCGGCAGAAAGAGCGCGACGAGAAGCAGCAGGAGAAGGAGGAGAAUGACGAGAUGGACGAGGACGAAGAGGAGGAGGAGGACCCCAUUGAGCGCUUCGCGGAGGACAUCUUCCAGCCUGCCGCGCGCGACUUUGUCAACGCGCUCGGUCUCCUCGAGCAGUACGACAAGCUCGAGCAGGUCAUCUUCCGAAGCGUCGAGGCCGAGUUGGUGAUUCGGUUCCGGCGCGGAGGUGAGGAGGAGGACGACGACAGGUGGCACGAGGAGUUGAGGCGGCUAUACUGA